ACGUUUUUCAUCCAAAAGCACAAGCUCUCGAAAACAAAAACGAGUCAAAGGCUUUCACCAGGUCAUGUGUUAGAUUCUAGUCUUAAUCCUUAAUACAUGCCACAUGAACAACGACAAUUCAGCACUCGUUCCCACUCACUUUGAGAACCCUCUCUUGUCACCUUAUGACACAGAUCCUGAUGAUGAUACUUCAAGCAUCGAAUUUAGAUUGACAGAGGAUGAAGACAGCGAUCAGGAUAUUAAAGAUUCUUUUAUUUAUGAUGAAGGCGAAGUUGAUAGUAUUACCAACGAAAUGUAUGCACAGGGCAUGGACAUGCAAGGGAUGGUAUGGAAUGAUACAUCGAAUACCAGAGAAGCUUACCGAAGAGAAAGGAUGAAGGAUUUUGUAAAUUAUCUCAGUGUACAAGAUCAGGAUCAUAAAAGUUUAGUAAACAAGAUCGAGAGCCAACCUGUCAAGAAAGUAUCAAAGGACGAGACAUUCUAUAGGUUCAAGCACUCCAAAACAAACGUCCGAUGUACAUUUGGUCAUUUCCAACUGCGCAAUUUGCUUUGUGCACCUAACAAAAACCAUGUUUAUUACAUUUGUGAUGAUGCAGUACGUCAAUGGUCUACUCACUCGCGUACUAGUAAGGAAAUUCUUAAUGUAAAUCAAGCUGAUACACCACAGAGUCUUGCGUUUACAAUAAGCAGUAUUUCUUGUGGACAUGAUAUGCUGGUUAUUGGCGGUGCUGGAGGAGAGUAUGCCUGCCGAAGGAUCGAUGAUAAAGAUUCAAAGGUUUACUAUGGUGCGACAACCAGUAAUACACAGACUGGGAUUGCAAACCACAUCGAAAUCAUUAGCACUAGGACUGGAGUUCUUCAGUCAAUUAUGUCAAACAAUGAUCACAGAAUUCGUUUUAUGAACUUGGAAACAUUAAAAUUUGAUACUGUCUUGGAUUUCAAAUUUCCUAUCAAUUGCUCUACAAGCUCACCAGAUAAGCGGCUGCUUUGUGUAGUGGGUGACUCUACAGAAUCAUGUAUUGUGGACAUCUCGUCCGGAAGAGUUGUUAUGGAAAUGAACGAGCACCAUGAUUAUUCAUUUGCGUGCGCAUGGCAUCCAGAUGGAAGGACAGUAGCAACUGGGAAUCAAGAUAAGACAACCAGAAUAUAUGAUAUUCGUAAAUCAACAGAGGCAAUACAUGUUCUUGGAGGAAUGAUUGGAUCAAUUCGGUCUCUUCAUUACUCGCACGAUGGAAAAUAUUUAGCAGCAGCAGAACAUAUUGAUUUUGUACAUAUCUACGAUACAAGCACCUUUGAAACGAGUCAAGUUGUUGACAUGUUUGGUGAUAUUGCUGGUAUAGGCUUUACACCUGAAGAUAACUCUAUAUACAUUGCGAAUGCCCAUGAACAACACGGUGGUAUAUUUGAAUUUGAGAAACUGCAAGAUACUUAUUCUCCAUACUUAUGAAAAAAAAAUACCAUGUUACCCAAACGAACUUUAGAAAAUAAUAAUAAUUGUCUGGCUAAAUUCAAAUGCACUUUAGCCAAACAAGCUUUAAAGCAGUCAUCAACAUUUAAGUAAAUAUAUAAGCAUUAUUUCCCUACCCUAUUUUAGUGCUUUUUUUUAUCUAAAUAACUUUACAAUAUUAAAGCUAUAUAUUCAAUAUAUAUAUAUAUAUAU